UCUUUGUUUAUGUGAUGUACACAUAUGAGUGUUCAGGCCCCUUGGGUUCCGUCAGCUUUUGUUUUGAUCGCAGAUCUAAUCCUGCGGAACUAAUGCGCAAGUAUUUCCGAGGAAAAACUCAACAUUUGACUAGUUGUUAUUGUAAAUAUUAUGGGAAAAUUCAGCUAUCACGUUUAUGGUGUCUGAGGAUAUGAAUAACUGUUAGCACGGUCCUCUCCGUACAUUAUAGGCUUAUGUAAAUAAAGUCUAUAUAAAUAAGUAAACAUUCUCCACUGUCUGCCUCACAGGGUUCCAUAUUUGCCUUUUGUGGAUCUUACUCCUGCUCCUCGUACACUGAAUUAUUUCAUGGUGUAACAUGUCUGAUAAACACUGUCCCAGUCUGUUUCAACCUGCCCCUCAGGGUGGAUUAUUUACCACAAACGUACUCCAUUAGCCACAGUCAUCUGUGUCACCAUGGAGGUUGGCGCAACAGGGGGACAACAAUCAGACUCUUUUUCCAAUGAUGCUCCACAGUCUCAGACACCGCCUAAAGUGAAAAUACGCAAGACCGCUUUCAAGUUUUUUGGUGGUCGGAAGAGUUUUUGUGUCCUGCCAAGCUUUUUUGGUGGCCGUGGCAGAAGUGAAGGAAAGGGCUCAUCUAAAACAGGCGUAACAAAGAGCCAAACAUACGAUGGGGUGAGCAGAGCAUGCUGGGAAGAUUUGGGCAGAGGCAGUGUUGAAGUAGCCUCAGGGGACUUUGAGUUCUGCAGCUCCAGUGACCCCUUGAAAAUGCAGGAGUCCCAAUCACUACCACGGCAGCGGAGAAGUCUUCGGGGUCUCUUCAGCAGCAUACGGAGACACAGAAAGAGCAAAAAUGUUGAACUGGAAAAGCGUGAAACACUUGAAAUGUCCUCAAGCCUGUGUGCCAAAACCGUGCCUGGUGCCCUGUUGAGCAUCAGUGACAGUAGCGAUAACCAUGGCGACAGUCAGUGCGAGGAGUUGGUGCCAGAUGUGCCUAAUCAAACUGCAGGCAGUGAGUGUGAACUGCCAUUGGCCUCCACUGCCGCUGAAUGUACAAAAGUCAUAACCCUAGUGCCUGAGAAACGGAGAAGCAGGGGAGAGAUGGAUAAAAGUAAGAGAGCAGAAGAAGAGGAGAAUGGGCAAGAGAAGCAAAAUGAGAGGUGGGAAGGAACGACUACAUAUCAUCAACCUUUGUCUGCAGAGUCGGAACUGGACCGUUUGACUGAGCAGAAUAUACCAGAUGGGGAGCUGCCUGCUGUAUCCUGCUCCUCUGACAGUGUGAACUUGAUGUUUGGUGAUGUUUCAUCACUGAAGAGCUUUGAUUCCCUGACAGGUUGUGGAGACAUCAUUGCAGACCAAGAUGAUGUCAGUGUUGCUGAAAGCUCAGUGUCUGGUGAGAGAGGCAGCCGAAAUGCUGGAAAGCGGAGCUCGUGUUUUGUCACGUAUCAAGGUGGUGGGGAGGAGAUGGCAACACCUGACGAGAUAGAAGGAGAUUACUUGCAGAGUUUAUGGGAAUCAGAAGCUAAUAAUGAAGUCUGCUACGUCCCCUCAGACAGGGGCUCAGACAGCCCUUCGCUCACUCCUGAUCAGCAAAUCAGCUCCAUUCGUGCAAACUCCAGCAGCAGCCCAUUGGAGGUCACAGAAACGGGCCUCACACCCACUGAUCUUUUGAGCCCUCAAAGUGAUCGGCAAGAGUCUGUACCCAACAGCGAUGAAGGAUACUAUGACUCCACCACACCAGGAAUGGAGGAGGAGAAUAGAGAUCGUCCACAUCAGGAAAGGCUUCCACGGGACAGCUACAGUGGUGAUGCCCUUUAUGAACUUUUUGAGCCUGACGAUCGCCUGCUCAGCCCUGCUCUUUCUCCUGCAACCCUGCAGGGUGAUAAGUGUCCAACCAACCCUCUGUACACCCUAGAGACAGGUGCAAUGGAGACUGAGGAGGAGCGUCUGAGCAAGAUCCAGCAUGCCCUGUUGUGCUGUGAGCUCCAGAAUAUCAGAAGCCCAUCCAAAGAUCAGCUUUUGUUCAAUGAUGACUGCUUUUAUGAUGAUUCAAAACUUACCACAAGCAGUGGUAAGAAGGCUUUAGAGGAAGUUAUUAAUCAGUGCUAUCCCCAAUCACCACCGAGAUCCCAGUCUUUAAAAGAACCAGUGCCUCAAAGCAGGGGUCAAAUCCAGGAUAGUGCAUUGUUUCCAUCCCAUGCUGAUUCAGGGUUUAGCCCAAAUGUCCAUGAGCUACCCAGAUCGCAUCAAUCCAAGGAUCAAAGCCCCUUACUGCCUACCGGAGGCUGCAGCCAAUCCCAGGAAGAGCUGAUGGUCUGUUUUUCCCAAGCGUUGGUAGAUUUUACAAAGAACGCCAGGCUUUACUGUAACUCCACAGAGAGUCUUGAUGACUCUGAGUCAAGUUCUCCUUUUGGCCCGAGUCUGAGUGCCCUGCCUGCCAUUGUCACAUUUGAUGUGGUCGAUAUGGAGAAUGAGGGUGAAUGUGAGCAGCAGACUGAGCUUGCUGAGGAAGAGGAAGAGUUGGCAUCCCCUUAUGAGCCCUUUGAAGAUGAUGGCUGUUACCUGCAGCAAGAUGCCUUUGCCGAGUGUGACCAGCGUACCUUUGAUGCCUAUGAACAGAGUCUGUUGCUCAGUAAUGCAUGGGGUAUUACCAGCCUUCCACGGCACCUCAGUUUGGGUCGGCCAUGUCCGCCAAUCCCUUCCCCGUUAGCACUAAAUCGACGCAGUCGCUCUCUUGAUACGGACAAUCUAGAGUUUCAGAGUAGUGAGCUUUACACCUAUGACUCAAAGCUUAGGAAUGCAGAAUGCAGUGACGUGGCGUUACCGCACCAACCCUGCAGGGUAACUGUGGAUGGUUGGAGGCGGGGUUGUGGGCGAGACAAGCAAAGCAGCUCCGCCCAGCAAAGCAGCACCUCACCUCCGCAGGAGCUGAAGUUGCCACAUGGGAGCCAAUCCUUUGUCAGACCUUCACAUCACCCCUUACAGAACAACUGUCAUAAUCGUAACUUUGCUGGCGUCUCAAGAGUGGAAGGUGAGGGGGAGAUUUUGAUCGGUGGAGGGGAUGCGCUUUACCCCUGCAGUUACCCUCCUACAGGCACGCAGUGGAAGAAUCGACCUGUUGGGGUCACUCAGGGUGUGCCCCACCUUCGCUCUGACCAAUCAACUGAUCUGAGAGAAAUUAUGAUGAAGAACAGGAGGGGGGAGCUUGAGGGGGCUUUACCACUACACCACCUAAAUCAUACCUAACAAACAUGCAUCUCUCCUGCUCAAAAUAAAAAAAAUAAUACAGUUAGACAAGUUAGUUAGAUGAUGCUGAAUGUUAACUGACACUGAAUUUUAACACACUUGCACACACAAAUUCUCACUGUAGUUGCUGUUACUGCCGGAUAAGCUAUGGGUAUUCCUUUGUAAAGUACUGUGUAGUUUUUUUUUUUUUAGCUAUAUUUCAGUUUCUGUGAAUUUAAGAGGAAGUGUGUCUGUACCUGCUGUCUAUGUACAGAUUCCAUAUUGCUUUGUAUAUGUGUUGCCAGUGACCCAGGUAUUUCCAGGUAGUUGGUUUUCAUUAUAUUUGCAAAAAUUCAACAAUCAGAAUGAUUUAUUGUAGAACAAGAAUGAAAAAACUUUAAGAACAUUAGCACAUUCAUUCGAUUUCUGAGGAGACCCCGUUAAAGUCCACCCAAAAUGGUAUUUCUGUCAUUUCUAUGAUCCAGUCGAACACAAAAGUAGAUAUUAUGUAGUCUCAGUCACCAUUCACUUUCUGUGCAUCUUUUUUUUUUUUUAUACAUUGAAAGUGAGUGCUGACUGAGGCUUUCAUUCUGCCUAACAUCUCCUUUUGUGUUCCAUUGAAUGAGAUGGGUGAGCUAUAACUUUAAAACGUCUUUGUUUUUUUUUAACAGUACAUUUUUUCCCCUUGCAUUUGGAAAUAUGCUGUAUGUUACAAGGUUUUAAUGUUUACAUCUUGAAAACUUUUAUGACUCUAGUCAGACAUUUGUUUCCUUAUAUUGUUUUUUUUUUUUGGUUUUUGUUUUUGUUGGUCAGAUCACACAAGGAACACAACAAUCUACAAUCAAGUCACAUAUUCUGUAUUCAGUGGCAUGGCAAAGAAAAAAAAGCACAAACUCCCAGUAUACCUGUGUCGACUAUUUACAUAACACUUGUAAGGAUCUGUAUAAAUGGUUUACUAGGAACAGAACAGUAGAGACAUUUAAUGGGUAGUUUACAUAAUUUACUUGAACGUUUUUUCAAACCUGACUUCACAUUUUACUUCCAUGGAACACAAAAGGAGAUUUUAGAAAGAAUGUUAGCCUCAGUCACCAUUCACUUUCAUUGUAUGUAUAAAAAAAAACAAAGAUGCAUUGACAAUGAAUUGUAACUGACGCUUACAUUCUGCCUAACAUCUCCUUUGUGUUUCACAAAAGAAAGAAAGUAAUAGGGGUUUAAAUCAACAUGAGGGUAGGUUAAUGAUGACAGAAUCUUUUCUGAGUUAAAGGUUUAGCAUUUGGUGUUCUUGAUUUGCUGAAAUAUUUAGGCGCUGUUACAUUUCCUUUUUUGCUGCUAAACAGUAUGUGUUUGGUUGGAUGUUAUGUAAUUCAGUUAUCAGUGAUAUACUGAUGUUUGCAUAUCUGGAUAAAUUUCAGCAUACAGUCUGUCAAGUCUGGCCCAAAGUCUUCAGUAAAUACGAUCUGUGUAGUUUAUAAUCAAAGGGUACUAUCUCUUGAGUCACUUCAGAGAGAAUGUCAGAAAACCUUUAAUGACACUAUGUGAUUGUUCGUCAUUGCUGUAUUUCAGUCAUGAUUAUUUACCUUCAUCAGAAUAUCAGAAUGCCAAAGUCAUCUUUAUGCACUUACCGUUUUAAGCCAGAUUCAGCUCUUAAGAUUGAAACAAUAUUUGUCCAUACCUGCAGUUGAAUCAGUGCAUUUUCAGAGUUUACGAUUUGCUUUAGUUGUUUUUUCUUAUGUUGUUUUUGUAUUUGGUACAUUUGUGUGAUUGUAAAUGAAUGUCCACACCCCAUUUUUAACUGACAUGAAUGAAAUAACCAAAAGCAUUAGAAGCAUAUAUAUAUUAUAUAUACACACACACACACGCACACACUGGUGGCCAAAAGUUUGGAAUAAUGUACAGAUUUUGCUCUUAUGGAAAGAAAUUGAUACUUUUAUUCACCAAAGUGGCAUUCAACUGAUCACAAUGUAUAGUCAGGACAUUAAUAAUGUGAAAAAUUACUAUUACAAUUUGAAAAAAAAAAUUCAGAGCGUCAUUUUGUUUUUGUUUUUGUUUUUUUUGUUUUUAGCAAUUAACAUUUUUAUUGAUUCAUCUAUUAAAUAAAGAACAGCAAAACGUAUACAUACAGAAUCAAUAUUUAACCCUCACUAACCCCCCCACCGCCUCCAAAUCCCCGACCCGACCCCCAGCAACACCCAAGUGGUCACAUAAUUAUAGACACACAAACAAAAAAUAUAUAUAUUAAUCACACACAUCCACUACACCUCUCUCCACUGUCCCUCCCCGAGAGCCCUCCAAAAAAGAACGAUAUUUGCCCCAUUUCUCCACAAACAGGUUUAGACUCCCCAGUCUUCUGGAUACCCCCUCCUCAAAAGCUGCCACUCUUGCCAUCUCUGAACACCACUCCUGAAAUGGGGGCACUCCAGCCGACUUCCAACUCCUUAAAAUA